AUUUUACAAAGUUAUUCAAAAGUAUUCAAAAAUAGGGAGCGGGAAACCCUUUCUACAGUCAACAAUUCCAAAACUCCGGCUGCUCCCUCACCCCUUCGGUCGCAUCACCGCCGUCAGCCACCCAUAGUUAACAAAGAUGGACGGAAGUUGUUUAAACUUCGAUGAAAACCCAAUUCAAGACGGUAUUUCCAGAAUCCGUUUUGCUCCAGAAUCUAACAAUCUUCUCAUCUCAUCUUGGGAUACUAAUCUUAGAUUGUACGAUGUGGAUCGAUCUAAGCUGGUUUUUGAAGCUUCCGGGGAAGCUGCGCUUUUGGAUUGUUGUUUCCAAGGGGAGGCGGCUGCAUUUAGUGCUAAUUCUGACUGUUCCAUAAUCAGGUAUGAUUUGCACUCAGGUGUCAGCAAUUUUUUUGGAAAGCAUGAUGAUUUAGCCACUUCUGUUGAAUAUUCUGUUGAAACAGGUCAAGUUAUAACUGGUGGGUGGGAUAAAAAGAUAAAAUGUUGGGAUUCACGUUCAAAUAUGGCACUGACUUGUGAAAAUACUGUUGAUGUGGCUGUUAAAUCUCUGUCCCUCAGGGGGUAUAUCGCAAUGGUUGCUGUUGGAACAUCAGUUAAUUUGUAUGAUUUACGCAAAUUCAGCAAAUUAUAUAAUAGCAGAGACUUUAACUUCCGAAUUAAAUGUGUUCGGCCAUAUCUUGAUCGAGGAUUUGCGGUUGGAUCAGUUGAAGGACGUGCUGCAUUGAAGUAUUUCAAUCCAUCCAACCAAAACAAUGAUGGAUACACUUUUCUAUGCCAUCCAAAGGCAAAGGAGAAAAGGCAUAACACUGCAGCUGUGAACGAUAUUGUUUUCAGUCCAUCGAUUCACGGCGUAUUUGUAACUGGUGACAAUGACGGUUAUGUCACGAUAUGGGAUGCUCAAAGUAAAAAGAGAGUAUUUGAGAUGCUGAAGUUUGAAAACAGUAUAGCUUCAUUAUCUUAUAGCCGUGAAGGACGAUUUUUGGCUGUUGCAUCAAGCUACACAUUCCAAGAAGCGAAUGAACUGGAAAUACCUCCAAAGAUAUACAUACAUCAAAUGGAUGAGCAAUACAUCGGUUCCUUUUCAGCUGGAAGGUCAAAUUAGCUUUUUGUUUGCUCAGUGAUGAAUCUGUUGUGUCUCUAGCUCAUUUUCUUGUACAAAGGUUCAAAACUUGUCCCAGAUUCAUAUCCUUCUCCAACCCCACAAGGUGGUGGUUGAUUAAUUUAUCAGCUACGGCCAUGUAAUGCAAAGCGUGGAGCAAAUGGCAGAAAAAUAAAUGACACCGGGGUAGUUUGUAUUCAUUCUUCCUGUAUCGGUCUGUUGUUGGCAAGCGAGGUAUCCUCAAUCAUUACAUAGUGUUUGUAUUAUUGUAUAGAGUCGUACUUGUUAGACUUUUAUGAGUUGUGUUGAAUUACACCAAAAACAAGGCGACUCUUAAGGUGACUCUUAUUUGCUCCCGACUCUCGAGUCGGGGUGUGGCUCGGUCCGAGUCAAGGCGAUCACUUACUCCUUCGAGUUAGGAGAAGAACAAAUGAAUCAAUGGUUGUAGUUUUAUACUUAUGAUGUCUAGAUAUAAUAUAUUAUUAUAUACUAUACUUAUGGUUUA